GUAUUCCUUCCCGUUUUUUUUCCUCUCGGCGCGCGAAAACACUGCCGCCGCUUCAGGUUUUCAACAUGUUCAGGAAGGACGGUCCGUUCCGAGAAACCAUCGAGCGGGUCGUUCUGUCCCCAAGGCUUGCCCACGUCGCCGCGCAGCUCCUGGGCUGCCAACGCGUGAGACUCUACCAAGACUCCACGUUCUGCAAGCGGCCGGGGGACGGUCCAACCAGGUGGCACUCGGACCUCAACAUGGCGCCGCUGGACUGCAACGACUUCGUGACCGCGUGGAUACCGUUGGAAGAGGUUCCCGCGAAGAGGGAGGGCGGCUCGCCCCUGGUGUUCGCCAGCAGGUCGCACCGCGACUUCGCCCUCAAUCACUGGCGGGAUUCCCGGCUAAGGGAAGACCUGAGCGGGAGAUACCGCGAGAAGGACCACGCCCCCUUGGCCGCCGGUGACAUCACGUGGCACCACGGGUGGACGCUUCACAGCUCCCUGGGCAACAGGAGGGAGACGCCUCGGGUGGCCUUGGCCGUCAGCUACUUCCGGGACGGGACCUGCCUCCUGUCUGACACCGCGGGGAGAUCACCCGAUCCAGAGGACAAGUGGAGCUACGGGGACUGGGUCGGCGACUUGCCAGUAGGAGGCGUUGUUAAACACCCCUCCGUCCCGCUUGUAUGGGACGGGGGACGUCCCGUGAGAUGACAUUGCAUGGCGAGGCAUGUGUCGAAUGUUCGUAGGUGUGUGUUUCUGAUC